AUGCCGCCACUAGAACCGUUUCGAGUCUUGAGAAACAGUGUGCUCGUAGUUCUUGGUGGGUUUGUCACCAUUAACGUUGUUUCCGCGGCAGCCUAUGGUGCGUUUCGACUCACUACAGAAGAGAAACGGAAGAAGAGCGGGUUGGCUUGUGGGACGUGUCGUGGGAAAGGGUUUUACAGAUGCAAAGUAUGCAAAGGAAACGCAACGAUAAAAUGGUCGCCAUUGUAUGAUCCUGUUUGUAUCAAUCCAUGUCUUUGUCCUACUUGCGAUGGUCACAGGGUACAAAGAUGUCUCAACUGCCUAGGAAAAGGAUACUGGUGA